AUGCCGUCGACCAAGUUCUUCCAUUCUACGCGUAAAAUAAUCGGUGCAGGCGUUAACUACAAAGAAAUUCUGCGCCUCACCAACGCCCCGAAACCGGACGCACCCGUCAUAUUCUUCAAGCCCAUCUCGUCACUGCUCGAUGCGGAACUAUCAGCGAGUGCUUCCACAUCCGUACCCACGAUUCGGGUACCGCGCGUCUUUGGUGGUGUGAUCAACUUUGAGGCCGAGCUGGGUGUGAUUAUUGGGCAACGGUGUGCCAACGUGACGCCCGACCAGGCCAUGGCGUUCGUUGGUGGCUACUGUCUGGCACUGGACAUGACCGGCAUGGACUUUAUCAUCAAUGCUCGCCCAAGAGGGCUACCCUGGUGUUUGGGCAAAGGGUUCGACACCUCGACUCCGGUUAGUCGAUUCAUCGCCGUCAAGGAACUGCCCAAUCCGGACGAUGUGCGCGUGUGGUGCGAUGUUAACGGCGUGCGCAAACAAGAUGACAGCACGAGCAAUCUGAUCUUCCCGAUCGCUGAACUAAUCGCGUACGUGUCGCGGUUUAUGACCCUCGAGGAGAACGAUCUGUUGCUCACGGGAACACCAGCGGGGGCGGGUCCAGUGCGCCCAGGGGACGUUAUUGAAUGUGGGCUCGGCGAUGGUUUGGUACAGAUGAGGUGCAGCGUCGUCGAUGAGUAG